AUGGCCGAUGAAAUACCUUUCGACCCUGAUGACUAUACUGUCAGUGCAAGAAGUACUAAUCAGUUGGUACCUAACACAGACUCGUCGUCAAAGUUCGAACUAUUAGAUGAGCUUCAAGAAUCUAUAAGUAUAUGGAAUAGUUUGCAUACACAACCGGGAUUUAAUCCUCUACCUACUCUUCAAAAAAUGGCAGAUGUACUUGAAAAAGCUAUCGAUGAGUUCUUGAAGCAUGACCCUGAUCCUUUAGAUGACCGUCAUCCGAACAGGACACAUCCUCAAUCAUCAUUCGGGUUAUUGCUUAAAGUUCUUUUUAGGAACGACGUAUUCAUGAGUAAAUUAAUAAUAUCAUAUCUCCUUGGUAGAGAUCAAACAGAGUUAAAUAUCGCAGCUGCUCGUCUAUUGUUGAGUUGCGUUCCAGGAUUAGAUUCUGCUGUUAUCUUUGCUGAACCCGAAGAUUUUAUUCCACAGUUAUAUAAUUGGGCGACGACGAGUGAUAAUGAGUUAUUACAAGCAUAUUCCAUGGGAUUGCUUGCUGCUGCAGUUGAAGUCACCGACAAUGCUUCGAAAUAUAGGUCGCACAAUGCGAAACUCAUUCCCAUAGCUUUGAAGAGGUUAAAUACUCUAAGGAAGCGAUUAGUGAAAGAGAGAGCAGAAGCCCAAGUAUUAGCUCAGCAAAACUCGAACACCUCCGGUCCAUUUCCUGAUAUGAAAAUGGAUGACGAAGAGCCGGAAACUUGUCCUACUCCAAGCUUGCCGAGACGAUCUGACAGUGCAAACUCAUAUCGUCAAAUUUUUGGAGAUUCGAAGCAACCCAUAAGAAUAAAGCAAAAUACUGAUAGUAACAGAGAUGAUCCGAUUCCUUCGUCCCCUCCCCGGAAGCGCAAAAAAGAAAGUACUCCUCCCUUAUCUAUGUUGCCUCCGAAUACUUCUUUCGGGUCGCUACAAGAUUUGGAGAAUAGUUGUAGUAGAUGGGAUUUGGUUCAGCCUUACGUAAUAGGAACACAUAAAGUAUACCCUUUAACAACGGAAAUGCAUAUGCGACUGAUUUUCCAAUUCCUUACCCCGACAGGCGAAUAUCAAGAUCUUCUCUGUUUGGCGUACGAGGGACGAGCACUUGAUAUGAUUCUUCACUUUAUUGAUCUUCAAGUCGCCAAAGAUGUCAGAUUGACUUUCGAUGCUCUAAGAUAUCUCACUUCUCUACUAGUUCACAGAAAGUUCGCUUUAGAGUUUUUGAGACGUUCCGGACUAAGUGCUCUAGUGAAAGUACCUCGAGCUUGUAUGGCAUCUGUCGGAGUAUCAACUUGCUUCUACUACCUCUCUUACAAUGAUGACGUUAUGGAAAAAGUCUGCGAAUUACGAGGGGAAAUUUUGGAUGAACUGGUCGAUUACUGUCUGUGGUGUCUGGAGCACAGCUAUGAAAGUGGAAUGGCUAGUUCAGCUAUGUUUUUCACUCACGCACUUUUCUAUAAAGCUAUCCUGGAACGGUUUGAUCGUCGUAAUGGUGUUCGAAUACUUUUCAAUUACCUUUCUACUCUUUCUCUCCUUCAUGAUGGAGCAAUGAACGGAAGCUUUGAGUUAUCCGAGGAGCAAAUGCAUACAAGUAUUCAAUCAGUUCGGAAUGGUGUUUCUGCAAUGAAAACAUAUAUUAGUGGACACAUGUUCACUAAACUAGAGCAGAUUCGUAAAGCAAUAGGCAACAAGGCAGUGGUUGCAGGACAUACAUGGCCUGCUCCUAUUCAAUCAAAUUUUCCACCUCAUAAAAGUAUGAAAAUGGCUAGUGAAGCAAUGGAGCAGUCAGUUUCAUUACUCACAUCCAUAAUGAGAACUACUGUUAUGAGCUGGUGGCCCGCUGAAGAGUUUUACAAACUGGGAAUUAUAAAAAUGAUGUACCAUGUUUGCUUUGGAUCUCAAGAGUGGCCUCAAGUUUCGGGAAAAUAUGAUAUUCUGAGAAAUGCAUUAGAAACACUUUGGAUAGCCACUGCAAGUCCUAAAAUCCAACUUGGCUUGUGUGAAAACUAUUCUGUGGGGAGUACUGUUGUUCAAGGCUUCAGUUAUCUGAUAGAGUUAGCUGAUGCUUCUGAUUAUGAAGAGGAAGUUGAUAUUCAAUUAAAAGCAAUGGAGAUCAUUAUCAACUGUUGCCCAUUCCACGACAAAUCGAACAAGAUGCCUCAUAAUGAGGAGCGUAGACAUGAAGGAAGACGGUCUCGAUCGUUGAACUAUGGUAAAGAUCAUUUGAAAAAGAUAAUUGGAUCAUUGCGAUCUGCAAAUGCAUUAAUGCUUCUAUGUAAAAUAAUAAAAACUAAAGUACCUGUGAGCGGCGCUGACCAGUUGCGAACCAAAGCAUGCCAAGCUUUACUCGGGCUGACACAUUGUAAAGAAAUUAGGCAAAUUCUAUCGAAGCUACCGUUGAUAGCUGACAACGAACUCCAAGCUUUAAUGCGAGAGCCUAUUGCUCUAGAGAAGAAAAACUUUCACGCUUCUUUCUGUCGAUAUGCUCAGCAACUCAUUGAAAUCGCCACCGAAAGACCGAUCAAAUUUGAUGUGGCUAAUGCAAAAGAUCUCACUCAGGAACAAUUAUGGAAGUCUAGUAUAGUUAACAAUACCAAAAUUACAUAUAAUGAAAAAGAAUUGCUACAAUUGAUACAUGCUCAUCUAGUCAAUAAGGGUUUAAACGACACAGCCGCACUUCUUUGUAAAGAAGGUGAUCUUCCUGAUGUACCUGCUAGUCUUCUAUCUGCGACACCCUCUCGUCUUCAACCCAUGCCCCAAACACUUCCCUGUUCAACUCCACCAAGCUCGAAAAGAAUUCUCAACUUAGAUGUAGAUGGAGCUUUCUCUAUUGAAGCACGACCGUCCAGUUCUCUUACUAAUAAUGAAGGGAGUUUCGCGACACCAUCGAGGCCACGUCGUCAAAAAAACGGAUCAUUUCCAAGAAGGCUCACGCUACGUCCAACUGGUACACCCUUGCCUACAAAACCUACGGGACAUAUGGAAACUCAACUAUUAAAACCUUUGAAAGGAUUAGAUAAUAUUGUAGUAGACUACUUUAGAACUCAACAUUCCCAAUGUAAAAAUCCCGUUACUACUUGCCCGCAAUUCUCUCUGUUCUAUCCUCAUAAGUGUCCAGAGCCUCGAGGAGUUGGGGAUGUUUCUCAGAACUUAGCUCUACGUUUCUUCCAAAAGCCCGUCUUGAAUCCUCGAUCACUACAAUACUCUCAGUUGUACGAUGAGCGUUAUGUGUUCAGUAAGUUCAGAUCGGUUCGUACCAUUUGUGAACAUGAUGAAAUGUAUACAUCGUGUGCUUUCUCGAUUGAUGAUGAACAUAUCAUUGUUGGAAUGUUUUCUGGAGAUGUUCAUUGGAUUAAUAUGGAAACUGGAGCUGAUGAGUCUACAACAUGCUGUCACAGCUCUGGAAUAUCUUCAAUUAUCCCGAGCAAAGAUGGAAAUAUGCUUUUAACAUCAUCUGCUUAUAUCCCACCUCUCUCGUCUCUGUGGAGAUUAGGAGAAGUUCAAGAACAUUUAUAUGAUUUGCAUGACGAUUUGUUUGUACAAUUCGCAAAUUUAACCCAAGAGAAAAUAGUGGGAACACAUGGUCCCGAAGCCAGGAUUUAUGAUACUGAAACUGGGAGAUGUAUAUCCACUUUAGCCCCCACUGGGUCUCGUAAUCGUUAUAUGCAUAAUAGGGCUUCUUUCUCCCCGUGUGACAACCUCAUUCUGAACGAUGGGUACUUAUUUGACGUUCGAAGCUCUUCAAACUUUAUUUAUUGUUUUGAUAAGAUGAAUGACAGCAACGGUGGUGUUUUUCAUCCGCAUGGAAAAGAAAUUAUUAUCAAUUCAGAAGUGUGGGACGUAAGGAGCUUCCGCCUUCUGCAUUGUGUUCCAGCAUUUGAGCAAUGUAAAGUUGUGUUCAAUUCCACAGGGAACAUCAUAUACGCUUCCCCUAUAGUGUCUUUCUUCGACUCUGAUACCAUCGACAAAUACUCACCAAACUUUAGGACAUUCGAUUCUCGCGAUUAUACGUGUCUUACAACCAUUGAUUCCAAGCGAGCCUUGUUAGAUGUUGGUAGCGAUCAUGCCAGUAAGCAUGUUGCAGUGGUUGAAAAAACGAAAUCAAGUACAGCUGAGCUUUUGCUGCAUAACGAUGAGAGCAUUGUUCGUAUAUACGAGGUUGGAAAACAGAGACGUGUGGAUGAUGAACCUGAUGACGACGAUGAUGGUAAUGAGGAUGAUGAUGAUGACGAUGAUGAUGAUGAUGAUGAUAACUCAUCGAGUGGGAUGGACGAUUCCGACGAAGAUGUUUUCGAUGCAAUCGGCGCAUUGGAAGACGGAAGUGACAGCUCUAGUACUAUCAGUUUCGGAGAGACAACCUCUAGUGAUGACUCUGGUAGCUGGGAAACUGCUUCGAACCAGGACAUUGAAAAUUCCAACGACCCUGAAUUUGCAGCUAACAAUCCAUUGAUUGCUGACCCGAACGUAGUCGCAGACAGUGCUGAUGGAGGCGAAAACGGAGAUGAGAAUGAAGUGAAUGCUGGCAAUGCUGAUAAUGGGGAUGUUGAUCGAGAUGCUGCCAAUAAUAACGUGAACGGAGAAGAUUAUGAUAUGGAUGGAGAUGAGGAUGACUCUAUCAGCGAUUUGAGCGAUGAUGCCAGUGAUUUACUUAGUUCAACUUUGGAUGAUGAGGAUGACGAUGAUGAUAAUAUGGAUGCGACAUACAGACCUGACGGUAGUGAGGCGCAUCCUAGUAGUAGUACCACUGCAUUGAAUCCCCAUCUUCGUCGGCAGCAGAAACGGUAA